AUGAGAACGGGUCUACUCGUAUUAUUUUCUAUAUCCUGUAUAUACUCUGUUGAACAUGAUUCGUUAUGUGACGAUGAGGAUAGUUGUCCGGAACCGACCCACACAGUGAUUCGGUUAGCAAAAAGGGACGAUCAAUUGGCACGGAAGCUUGCAUCUGAGCAUGGAAUGCGAGUGCGGGGAGAACCAUUCCUAGAUAGCCACUAUUUCUUGUAUCAUGAAGACGAGUCCCAUUCUCGUCGAAGAAAACGGGCUGCUGUACAGCGGUUAGAGUCCCAUCCUGCAGUUGAGUGGUUAGCUGAACAACGGCCCAAACGGCGAACGAAAAGAGACUAUAUCCAUCAUGAUCAGCACUUUGUUGAGCAAGAAGGCUAUGAACCAGUGAAACACUCCUCUUUGGUUAAGAGAAGAGCUGUUUCCGGUCAGUCAGAUUCGUUCUUAAGACGGCGUCAAACUGUCGCAGAGCCACGUGAGAUUCCUCAGCUGCCCUUUCCUGAUCCUCUUUACCAAGACCAAUGGUACUUGGUGGGUAGAGCGGUGGGCAACUAUGACAUGAACGUCCGUGAGGCAUGGCUCAUGGGUUAUGCUGGUCGUAAUGUGUCAGUCUCUAUUCUCGAUGAUGGAAUCCAAAGAGACCACCCGGAUCUUAUAACCAACUAUGACCCGUUGGCUAGCACUGAUAUUAAUGACCACGAUGAUGAUCCUACUCCACAAAAUAACGGAGACAACAAACAUGGUACUCGAUGUGCUGGAGAAGUCGCAGCUAUCGCUGGUAACAGUUACUGUGGCGUUGGAGUCGCAUUCAAGGCGAAAAUCGGUGGAGUACGAAUGCUUGAUGGAGCUGUAUCUGACAGCGUGGAAGCCGCUUCCCUCUCUUUAAAUCAGCAUCACAUUGACAUCUACUCGGCGAGUUGGGGACCUGAAGAUGAUGGUAAGACUUUUGACGGUCCUGGACCUCUCGCAAGGGAAGCAUUUUACCGUGGCAUUAAAAACGGACGGAACGGAAAGGGGAACAUCUUUGUGUGGGCCAGUGGAAAUGGUGGUUCAAGACAGGACUCGUGCUCAGCUGAUGGAUACACGACGUCAGUUUAUACUUUAUCCAUAUCUUCUGCAACAUACGACAAUCAUCGACCUUGGUACUUGGAAGAAUGUCCGUCGUCCAUAGCCACCACAUAUAGUUCAGCAAACAUUAACCAACCGGCUAUUGUGACUGUUGAUGUUCCGGCCGGUUGUACGAAAAUGCACACAGGUACCAGUGCCUCAGCUCCUUUAGCAGCUGGAAUAAUUGCACUCGCGUUAGAAGCAAAUCCUGCUCUCACUUGGAGAGAUAUGCAGCAUAUCGUUUUGCGUACAGCCAAUCCUACUCCCCUGUUGGGAAAUCCAGGAUGGUCCCAAAAUGGCGUUGGAAGAAUGAUAAGCAACAAAUUUGGUUAUGGAUUGAUGGAUGGAGGAGCGCUUGUAAGACUAGCCAAAACUUGGAAGACUGUCCCUGAACAGCACAUAUGUACAUAUGAGUACAAAUUAGCUGCGCCAAACCCACGUCCUAUCAAUGGCCGCUUCCAGAUGAAUUUCACUCUAGAUGUUAAUGGAUGUGAAUCUGGAACCCCUGUUCUAUAUUUGGAACAUGUUCAAGUGCAUGCAACAGUGCGUUAUUCGAAGCGGGGUGAUUUGAAACUAACCCUAUUUUCUCCAUCAAAUACAAGAUCAGUACUGCUCCCUCCAAGACCACAGGAUUUCAAUAGCAAUGGAUUCCACAAGUGGCCUUUCCUUUCUGUGCAGCAGUGGGGUGAAGAUCCUCGAGGAACAUGGGUUCUUAUGGUGGAAAGCGUGACCAAUAAUCCUAGUGCUACCGGGACAUUUCAUGACUGGACUCUGUUGCUGUAUGGUACGGCUGAUCCUGCACAACCUGGCGACAGGGUUCAUCCUCCAACUCCUGUUCCGUCACAGUCGAUGCUAGGAAGGAUACACCAGCUUACGAGUCAGUCUCCGCCAACGAGCUACGAUCGCUUGAAGAAUUAUUUCAAUAUGACUGAACAUAGCGAGCCGCUGUCAUUCGGAGACCUCCGCUCUGUCGGAGAUUGUCACGUGGAGUGUGAAGGCGGAUGUUCUGAGAGCAAAUCGGCUGUUGCAUGCUUUCGAUGCAAACAUUUCACACAAACGCUGCGAAACAAGGCUGGCAACGGAUUCAAGUGUGUUGCUCAUUGCGAUGACACGUAUUAUCUGGAUGGCGGAAAUUGCAAGAUGUGCUCUCCACAUUGUCAUUCUUGUACUCAAGCUGAGAUAUGCGAGACCUGCCCUGGAGCGCAGCUUCUAGUGGAUGUGCUACAUUCUCCUCAGUAUGGUAAAUGUGUAGAUACAUGUGGUGAAGGCCAAGUUGCUGAUUAUGAAAGCAACUUGGUGCAAGCUCGUUGUGUACUUCGUGCGGACCGCUGUGGAGUGGGCUACUAUUUGAAUGCUGUAGGGAAAUGCGACCAGUGCGACGGGGCUUGCUCGACUUGUCAUGGUCCAGGUGCGUUAGGUUGUGAUACAUGUGCUAAGGGGUAUGGAAAUCGCUCUACCGGUUAUUGUAAACCGUGUUGUACGGCAGGCCAGACUUCAGAAAAUUACCGAUGUGAAGAUUGUUCACCGAAUGCAAAAUACCCUCCACGUGGUCAUCGGGCCUCCAGUCUUUUCUGGUCGUUCACUUGGGUCUUCGUUGUGGUAGUUGUCGUCUCGUUUUUCGUAUCUGUAGCCUACUGCUUUCUGAAAGAUGAUCGCAGCCAAAUUGAUUACACUCCGCUGCCUCAUUACAACAGUCAAACUGAUGAAGUGCAUAUAUUGGGGUCAGAAUCGGAAGACGAAGAACCUGUUUUUGAUUCGAAACGACUCGAGAUUUGA